CGCCUAGCAACCUAAUGACGUGAGAAAGGACAUGCUUGUCCAACUUUUACAAAAGAUGGGUGUGAGGCGCAACUUAGAUGGUGCGCGGAGCAGAGACGGAAUUUUCAACAUCACCUUCUGCCCGCAACCCUAAACCCUGAGAGUUAAAGUUAGAGUCUUUCCGCGCCCUUGUACAGGUCAGAUUCUCACUUUCUCUUGGCGUUUGGAGUUAAUGCCUAAGGUCCAGAAUGAACUCUUAUUAGUAAUGGAGAGCUUAAGAUUCACCGUUUAAGAACUUUACACCAUGCAUUCACUUCAUUAUACACUCUGAUAUGCAUCGGAGUCUUGGUAAGCAUCGUCUUAUCUAUCGUGCUCGCAUUUCCAACUAUGUGAAAACUGGGCUUGUAGAUGAAGCAAUACAGGUGUUCGAUAAAAUGACUACUUCAGACUGCAGGGUUUUCAGCAUUGAUUACAACAGAUUCAUUGGCGUCCUGAUUAAGAAUUUUCGGUUUGACUUGGCAGAGCAGUAUUACCAUGAGAUGAAGCCAAAUGGUUUCUCCUUGAAUCCUCAUACAUAUUCAAGAUUUAUUUCCGGCUUGUGUAAAGUUAAGAAUUUUGAGCUUAUUCAUAAACUUUUAGAUGAUAUGGAUAGGCUUGGGGUAGUCCCAUAUAUUUGGGCGUGUAAUAUAUAUUUAAAUCUUUUGUGUAAUGAAAACUUUGUCCAGUUAGCUCUGGAGAUGUUGAGAGUCAUGGGAGAGAAAGGUAGAGAACCUGAUGUAGUCAGCUAUACUGUAGUUAUUAAUGGACUGUUUAAGAUUAGAAGGUUUGACAAUGCAAUUGAAAUAUGGGAUAUGAUGAUACGGAAAGGUCAUACACCUGACUACAAGGCUUGUAGAGCUGUCGUAUUGGGUCUGUGUGAGUAUGGGAAGGUUGAUACAGCAUAUGAACUAACAUUAGGUGUAAUGAGAAGUCGAAUUAAGUUUGACAUUAAAAUAUACAAUAAACUCAUUGAUGGGUUCUGCCGAAUUGGAAGGAUUGAUAAAGCUCAAACGAUUAAGUCAUUCAUGAGAAGAAAUGGGUGUGAUCCUGAUCUGUCCACUUACAAUGUUUUCUUGAAUUAUAGUUGUAAUGAGCUUAUGUUGGGGGAAGCAGAGAGAUUGAUAGAGAAGAUGGAAGUUUGUGGUAUGAUACCCGAUCACUACAGCUAUAACCAGUUACUUAAGGGUCUAUGUAGGGCAAAUAAAGUGGAUAAGGCAUACACGCUGAUGAUAACUAAGAUGGGACCUAAAUGUUUGCUUGAUGUUGUCUCAUAUAACACAAUAAUUAGAGCGCUUUGCCAAACGGGCCACUUCAUGAGGGCGUACAAGCUAUUAGAUGAGAUGAGGGAAAGGGAAAUAUGUCCAGAUGUAGUAACUUUUACGAUUUUGAUAAAAUCGUUCUUAGGAGAAGGAAACUCUGAUGUAGCUGAGAUGAUUCUUGACCAGAUGACACAAAUGAAUCUUUUUCCAGAUCGUGUGUUAUAUACCACUAUUAUCCACCAUCUUUGUAAGACUGGAAGGAUAGGGACAGCACAGAGCACUUUCCAUGACAUGUUAGAGCAGGGAGUGAGCCCUGAUGUUGUUUCCUACAAUGCAUUGGUUUACGGGCUUUGCAGAGCUUCUAAAGUUAGUGAAGCUAUGAAUCUUUAUGAAGACAUGCAAAAGAGGGGUUUAUGUCCAGAUGAGGUGACAUUCAAGUUAAUUAUUCAAGGAUUAAUUAAUGAAAAGAAACUUUCUUGGGCUUGUGCAAUAUGGGAUCAGAUGAUGGAGAAGGGAUUUACUCUCGAUAGUGAUUUGUCUGAAAAGCUAAUUAAUUCCAUGAAUAUAAAAGGCUUUUCUUCCGAGGAUGACAGGUGACCCGCAGGCUAAGAGUCUAUUUAGCAAGGGUUAUUUGGCUGAUAUAAAAGCUAAUUAAUUGAUUGAACCUGAAAGUUGUGUUCAAGUAUGUCAGGUGACCAGCAGUCUAAGUUCCUGUUUAUUUAGGUUAUUUGGCUGAUAUAGAAGGAUCUGCUGAUUUUUUUUAAAAUCAAAAGUGCUUGAUAAAAUGCAGUUCAACCAAAUAAGUCAAAAGCUACUUGUUCUGUCAUUCUAAGUUGAUAAGCUGAUGAAGUGGGCACUAAAUCGGUUGAAGUGUAUUCCGAGCCUUUCUUUCAUUACAAGUUUCUCAUAAUGGAGAGCCAAAUUGAUGGCAAGUGGUAGAAUCACUUCAUUAUGUGAUGCAAAAAUGAACUCAUUUCUUGAAUUUCUUGAAGGGGUCCUUUAUCCUUAUGCAACAGAUAAGGAAACUAUGGAAUAAUUCCCCUCUUGCCACACAGGGAGGAGUUGCUGGUGAUGGAGAGUGGCAUUUGUGGCGCUUCUGUAAUUGCUAUUGGAUAUGGCUUCUGUAAAGUGUAAACUAGGGCUCUAGAAAAACAGUCUUAUUCUUGGGAGAAUGGAGAAUAUGGAUGUUUCUGACGAAUAUGAAGAUCAAAAUUUCAUGCGAAUCUACAAUGUAGAAUUGGCAUAUCUGUUUGUUCAGAGUUGGCCUGUACAGAUCCCCACACAAUAUUGGUGCGGAGCAGUUGGUUUACUGCUGCUUAGUCCAUUCUUCUCAGACCUCCCAGUUGUAAUCUGUAGUUAUUCACAAAGUGGAAUUUCAAUAUCAAAAGAUUGUGAUGAUUAUUAAGCACUUCAGGAUGACAAAUAAAAGCUAGGUGUGCUGCUAAUAUUGUGGAUUUGCUCGCAUUGGUCGAUUGGCUGGUGUUUUUUGUACAUAGCGAUUAGCAAGUUGGAUUGACUCGAGCAACGAUCAUGAAAGGUAUAAUGUUUUCAAUCUGCACUUGUUUUUACAAAAACCAUACAAAGUGUGGCAUGUAUUCAUGUAUUAUCAACUUCCUGAACACGUAUAGCUUUCCAUAGUUGCAUUUGUUAUAUAAUUAUGAGUUCGUUUGAUAACAUUUGUUUUGGGAUAAGGGUCAGUUUAGUCCUCGAAGU